AGAUGGCGGGCGGUCCCUGUCUGCUCUGUGAGCGACCUCCCCGUGUGGCCACCGCCUUCCACUGCCGCCUGCAUCACCCCCUCACCGUGCCCCGCCGCAGUCUGCUGGAGCUGCAGCCAUUCAGCAGUGUGAGUGAAUCGCUCAUACACACACACACACACACACAUAUAUCCACAGACCCUCAAACACGCAUACAUAUGCCAACGCAGGCACACACUCACAAACACACAUGCAUGUGGUUACAGAUACAACUCACUGGAGCCCCAGGCCUUCAGCUGUGUGAGUAGACACACGCUCCAAUAAACUCAUGCACGUGCACACACACGAACAGUAUUAUUACAUCGGCAGAUAUUGGAACACCAUCUAUCCCUCCAAAAGCAUGGAAAAAAAUUGCCAAAUAUGACUAGGCUUAAAUGGCUUAUAUUCUAGAAAAGGCAGUAUCACUUGACCAUUGACCUUUGUCUCCCUGUGUGACCCCUCCAGCCCUCGGACACGGAGCAGAGCCUCCAGAGGGGCCAGGGCUUCAACUCUAGCAGUGGCCGCUACAUGGCUCCCGUCUCCGGGUUCUACCAACUCACCGCCAGCCUUCUCAUAGGUGAGACUUCCACACCAUCCCAUACCAAAGUGUUAAAUUAUGGGGGUAAGGGGGUUUGCAGUACAUUUGGGCUGAAUUGAUGCCCAUACCACAAAAAGAGGGAGGGAGAGGAAGAGGUUCAAGAGGGAGGAGGACAGAUAGAUAGAAAAUAGAGAUGUAAUGAGAGGAAGAUAAGUGGUUAGACAAGGAAAUUAGGAAGAUAGGAGCUGGGGAGAGGCUAGGGAACGAUAGAGAGGGGGAUGGAUAGACGGAGAGAGGAGAAAUAAGGAAAACAAUGGGAGACUAUACAAAAUAAUGGUUUGUAGAAUAACAUCUCCACAAUAGAUCAAAUACAAAGUCAACAUUACAAUAACUCCAUAGCAUUAUACAGUAUAUAUUUUCCUCUAAGUAGCUUUUCCCUCGUGAACUAGAAAUAUAUAUUACCUUCUUUUUUGCCUGCAAGAGGCCAAGUGGAGAAGUGAAGGUUGCAGCCAGCCAUGCAAAAAAAAACGGUUUGAACUUUUUGGGUGUGUCAUUGGCUUACACCAAUCAGAAGUGGCCUAGGCACUGCCCUGGCCAAUCAGUGUCAGAUGUUGAGAAGAUAAGGCCCGGCCAGUUCUGAGGAACAGGGGUGGGGUCUUUCCUCAGAAAGUCCACCCAAAGGGAAACCACCCCGCACCACCACUGCAAUGUGUGUGCCUCUGUGCAUGUGAAGUAAAUGGUGUGUGUGUGUGUGUGUGUGUUCUCAGAGCCCAAUGAGAGGUCACAAGCCAGGAUGAAGGAUAGUGUGAAGGCUUCCAUCUGCAUUGAGUCCCUAUGCCAGAGCAAUGUGUGAGUACUAGUACACACACACAAACACACACACGGCACACACGCACACACAAGUUGUAUUCAAUCAUUGCCAGUUGUUCCCGCCUGUUUUUCCUGAGCUAUGCCUCUGAAUGUUCCAGGUCUCUGGAGUCGGUGACAGGGGUGGGUAGUUCAGGAGGAGUCUUCAGCAUCUUACUGACAGGAACCCUUUACCUACAGGUAAUAUACUCUCUCAGACACAGGGUAUUAUUACACGUUCACGCACGCGCACACACAAACACAGUAUAGAGUUACACGUGUAUAUGGCCACCCAUUCACAACAAUCUGAUAUCUGCACACACUCCUAUCAACACUCUCAUCUCCAGAUAAAGACAUAUACUUUGACAAUUAUGUGCAAUUACCUUGUUUGCCAGGAAUGAUACUGGCAGUCAGAGUGAUAGAUGAGCAUAAACACUGCUCUUGGUGAAAGGAUUGAGCGUAGAGUGCUGAGUGACUGAUGGUCUUUAACCCUUUAUGUUCUGGCUUGCAGGCGGGGGAGUAUGUGUCCAUUUUCGUCGACAACGGAACAGGCUCAGCACUCACAGUCCUCCAGGAUACUUUGUUUUCCGGGAUACUCCUGGGAGUG